UGGCGGAAGGGGAAGCGGCGCCGCCGCCGGGCGGCUGUGAACCUGGUGUUUUGCCACUGCUGUGCUACAUAAUACGAAAAUUCCUGAAAUCCUCAGAUGUGAUUCAUUGUUGUCAGCAUGGAACCACUGAAACAGUCUGCAGAAGUUAACAGAGAGAUUGUAAAGGAAAAAGAUCUUGCAGACGCUCUAGAAGAAGGAGGCUGUGAUCUUGAAACAGUGAGAAACAUCAUUCAAGGAAGGCAAUUACCUGCUUAUCUGAGGGCCAAAGUCUGGAAGAUUGCACUUAAUGUUGUAGGAAAGGGGGACAGCCUAGCAUCCUGGGAUGGCUCUUUAGACCUACCAGAACAGACUAUAAUUCAUAAAGAUUGCCAAGAGCUGAUUGACCAGUUGUCAGUGCCAGAGGAGGAGAAGUCAGUAUUACUUCUGGAUAUCGAAUCAAUUAUUACUUUUUAUUGUAAAUCACGCAAUGUUAAAUACAGUUCUUGCCUUGGCUGGAUACAUCUUCUCAAACCUCUGGUGCACCUUCGUUUGCCACGCAGUGAUUUGUACAACUGCUUUUAUGCUAUCAUGAACAGAUUCAUUCCAAGGGAUUGUUUUAUGAAAGGAAGACCAUUUCAUCUAUUUAGACUGCUUCUUCAGUACCAUGAGCCUGAACUCUGCUCCUUUCUUGAUACUAAGAAGAUGACUCCUGACUCAUAUGCACUCAACUGGCUUGGAAGCCUCUUCUCAUAUUACUGUUCAACUGAAGUCACUCAGGCAAUAUGGGAUGGAUAUCUACAACAAGCAGAUCCGUUCUUUAUUUAUUUCUUAAUGUUAAUCAUCCUUGUCAAUGCAAAAGAUGUUAUCUUAGCACAAGAAUCAGAUAAAGAAGAAAUGAUAAAAUUCUUAGAAACUUCACCAGCCAAUCUUGAUUUAGAAGAUAUAGAAGAUCUCUUCUCUUUGGCACAAUAUUACUGUAGCAAAACUCCAGCUUCUUUCAGGAAGGACAACCACAGUCUUUUCGGCAGCAGCUUGCUGGGCCUCAAAGAUGAUGACACAGACUUGAGCCAGGCUCUCUGUCUAGCAGUUUCUGUGUCUGAGAUUCUUCAAGCAAAUCAGCAACAAGGAGACGGAGUAAGGUUCUUUGUAGUGGAUUGUCGUCCUGCAGAGCAAUACAAUGCUGGACAUUUAUCAACAGCAUUCCAUUUAGACUCUGAUUUGAUGCUUCAAAACCCAUCAGAAUUUGCACAGUCUGUAAAAUCCCUAUUAGAAGCACAAAAACAAUCUAUUGAGUCUGGCUCUAUAGCUAGUGGGGAGCAUCUCUGCUUCAUGGGAAGUGGCAGGGAAGAAGAAGAUAUGUAUAUGAACAUGGUGCUAGCACACUUCUUACAGAAAAAUAAGGAGUAUGUAAGCAUUGCCAAAGGAGGAUUUAUGGCCCUCCAGCAGCACUUAGCAGAUAUCAAUGUGGAAGGACCAGAAAAUGGAUAUGGACACUGGAUUGCUAGUACUUCGGGCUCAAGAUGUAGCAUAAACUCCUCUGUUGAUGGUGAUUCUCCUAAUGGUUCAAGUGAUGGGAAAGGAGUAAAGUCUCUGAUGAAUAAAAUGACGGUUGCUCUGAAGACUAAAUCUGUGAAUGUGAAAGAAAAGGUUAUUAGUUUUAUUGAAAAUACAUCUACUCCAGUGGACAGAAUACCUUUCAAUAUUCCCUGGCCAGACAGAGCAAGCCUGGAGCGACAUGUCAGCAGCAGUGACAGAGUAGGAAAACCCUACCGGGGUGUGAAACCAGUAUUCAGCAUCGGGGAUGAAGAAGAAUAUGAUACUGUAGAUGAAAUUGAUAGCUCCUCAAUGUCAGAUGAUGAUCGAAAAGAGGUUGUCAACAUCCAAACAUGGAUAAAUAAACCUGAUGUGAAGUAUAACUUCCCCUGUAAAGAAGUAAAAGAAAAUGGACAUAUGUUUCCCAGUCAUCUCCUAGUGACGGCAACUCAUAUGUACUGUUUGAGAGAGAUUCCAUCACGAAAGGGACUGGCUUACAUACAGUCUCGACAGGCACUCAACUCUGUUGUCAAAAUCACAUCCAAGAAGAAACACCCAGAACUGAUCACCUUUAAGUAUGGAAACAGCAAUACUUCAGGCAUAGAAAUUUUGGCAGUUGAAAGGUAUUUGAUUCCAAACGCAGGUGAUGCUACCAAAGCCAUAAAACAACAGAUAAUGAAAGUAUUGGAUGCCUUGGAGAGUUAAUAACUAAAGACUUUGUAGAGAAGUUUCUAAAGAAGAAGCAGCCAAGAUACUGUAUGUGGACACAAACUGUUUCCCAACUCAAUACUAACUUAAGAGAAUUUUUCUGUUUGCUGUUGGGAGUGCCUGAGUAGCAGGCUUAAGAUAGGGUAAAUUAUUAUCCAUUUCUAAACAGGAUUUUAAAUUUUUUUAUGACUUUGUUUGUUUGUAAUAAACGUUUAUUAUAAAGGUCAGUUUGCUUAAUUUUCAGUGCAGCCUUAAUGUGAGGGAUCUGCAUCUUUGCAAGAUAAGAUGCAGCUGGGUUUGCAUUUGCUACGUUCAAGUAAUGAAGCUCUGCCAGAUAUGGAGAAAAAAUUGAAAACAAUUAUUUUUAAAUUACUAUCCUGUGAAAGUAAAAUGACUCUAUUGUCUACAGUCCAUAAAUUUGAUUUUUACCUACUGGGUAGUAUCAAGGACUUAGGGUUAUCAGCAGAGCAGAUAAAAAUGUUGGAAAUACUGGUUCCUUCUCAUUGAAAAUGGUCAAGUCCAGCUUGGGCUGCAGAUAAAUGGAAAAAAUACAAGCAUUUUGUAAAAUUAACUUUUUUUAGAAAAUCUUAACUGCUACUAGGUUAAAAAGUUGGAAUUGGUGGUAAAUACCAAAAUGAACUGUGCACAAUAAGCUUUUAUUACAGGGUUGUGAUUUUUUUAAUUAUGCAAAAUUUUAAAUUUCAUAGGUUGAGGCUGUUUCUCCUGUAAAGGUGGGCAUGUGCAUUGAAGUUGAAUUUAAUGCUUCAAAAUAGAAUAUGACAGUUGAAAACGAGUUGCCUUGCUCCUCAGAACAAAAUGUCUAAGAUAAUUAGACCUCUAAAAACCUUCUGUUUGGCACAGAAGUGGUUAUAUGCUGGUCAGAGGUGUGCUCAGCAAGAAAACUACUGCACACAAAGUUAAGAGAUUCAAGUGCUAUAUACCUGUGAUAAAUGUAUUCAUUAUGUGUUGCCUUAUCAUUUCAAGCAUUUGUUUAUGUUCUUUUAAUAAACAUCUUCUAAAUUAGUUCCAUGUUUGAAAGAUGGCAACUCUGUGAUUGUUUAUCAGCAGCUCUCCACUUGUUUCAAGAACAGUUCUCUUGUUAAAAAGCUCAGUACAGGCCUCGGCAGAGCAUCUUCAUAAGACUGUUGUGGAAAUUACCAAAAACUGUGAAAUAAAAGACAAUAGGGGUUAGCUUUGCUGUGUGAAGUCUUCUGAGUAUUUGAAUCAAAACCUCUUAAUUGGUACCUCAUCAGGAGGUAAAAUAAAUUAAACUGACCUUUAUAAGAAACAGUUAUUCUAAGUUAUUUUACUAGGAAUCAAGCUAGGGCACCUUAAUUCUGGAACUAAUUCCUUUCUAUUUUUUUUUCACUGUAGUAAACACCAAUAGAACUUGAACUGUUGAAGAUAUUUGCAUGAAAUUGCACCUGGGCCAAUGCUCAUGUAUUUAUAGUUUUGCCCAGCAGCUGUUGUAUUACAUUUUCCUCUUCCUACUCCCUUCUGAAAAUACCCUGAAGAGUCUCGGACUCUGUGCCUACUUCAGCAAUGAGAUUUUUUUCAUGUAAAAAUGUUUGUGUUACUGUUUAUAAACUACAGUUGUAAAUAAACCAGUCCAAUUUGAACAUAA